CACCAUCAAACUUCCAAGUGCACCGUACGACCAAGACGUUGCCCCAAAACCCGAACUUUGCCCCGCAGUGAAUUGCCCUCCAGUUUUCCCGCUCGAGAUUUUGGCCAGUUCUCAACGACCUCUGUUCUUUCCCCCGGUUGAAGCCAGACAAGACGCAUCGCCUCGUCCGUAUUAUGUCGUGUCGGCCCCGACAGAAUCGCAUUCAGGACUCGGUUUCGCCACCUCAUCUCUUACAUCGCUGAAAGAGCUCUUUCUUUCGCGUGCCACCACCAAUCAUCGAAACCCCACCCAUCCUUGGGAAUUUCCGUCUGUCCCUCUAGCCGUCAUUUACUGGCUGGAUCGCCCACAAUCGGCAACUAUUUAGGGUCUUUCCUGAUCUAAUUCUACAAACUGGACACAAUCCUUACAUUGAGACAUUUCCAAAGUCCUUUUAACGACUCCGACGUCGAAGACCUUCAAGAUGCCUCCCAAGAAGAAGGGUAACAAGGCUCGCGCCAACGACGACUGGGAGAAUGAGCUCGGCGAGACUGUCGCUCCUGCCGCCGCCGCCCCCGAGGCUGAUGCCGAAAAGCCAGCCGAGGGUGAGGCGGAGGAGGAGGUCAGUGGUCUCAUGGCCACUCUGCGCAAGAACAGAGAGAAGAGAAAGAAGAAGGGUAUUGAGGAACCCAUCGCCGAACCCGAGCAGGAGGACGCACCUUCACCCAGUCUUGCUGAGAAGGCCCCUCAAGAAGCGACCAUGGACGACGAGUUUGCCCUGCCUGAGAAGAAGGGCAAGGGUGGCAAGGGAAAGCAGGCUGCUGCCGCCGCCUCAGCUGGCAAUGACGACGACAACUCCGGCCGCGUCCUUACCAAGGCCGAGAAGGAGAAGCUGAAGAAAGAGAGAGAGAAGCAGCGCAAGAAGGAAAAUGCCGCCAAGAAGAAGCCUGCUACCAAGCCUGAGCCUGUCAAGGCAGCUCCCGAGAAGAAGGAUUCCCCUACGCCCGCCGCCGCUGCCGUCGCACCCCCUCCGGCCGAGGAGAAGGGUGGCAAAAAGAAGAAGAUCCCCGCCGCUCUGGCCGCCCUCCAGAAGCAGCAAGAGGAGCUCCGUCGCAGACAGCAAGAGGACGCUGAGUUCGCCGAAAACGAGAAGAAGAGAAUUGCGGAGGAGGAGAAAGCCGCAGAGGAAGAGAACAAGCGCAAAGAGGAGGCCAAGGCACUCAAGAAGCAAAAGGAGAAGGAGAAGAUUGAGCAGCUCAAGAAGGAGGGCAAGUUCAUGACCAAGGCGCAGAAGGAGGAAAAGGCCCGUAACGAGCGGAAGCUCCAGCAGAUGCUUGCUGCCGGUAUCAAGGUUGGCCCGUCCGAGGAGGGCGAGAAGAAGAAGGUCUCUUACGACAACAAGAAGAAGGGAGGCCGCAGGGUGCAAGAUAAGAUUGACGAAGACAAGGCCCUUGCUGAGGCUGCAGAGCGCGCUAAGAAGGAAGCUGAGCGACUCAUCAAGGAGGCCGAGGAUAAGGCCGCCAAGGAGAAGGCUGAGGCCGAGGCUGCCGCUGCUGCCAAGAAGAAGGCGGCAGAAAGCGAUCUGGAAGACGACUGGGAAGCUGCUGCCGCCUCUGACGAAGACGACGUCAAGGACAGCUGGGAUGCUGACAGUGACGAAGAAGCAGAGAAGAAGAAGGCCGCUAACGGCAAGGCCGACAAGAAGGAUGAGGAUGAUGACGAGGACGACGAUGAAGAUGAUGACUCUGACUCCGAAUCUGAAUCCGACUCGGAGGAUGAGAAGGAGACAGCAGCCCGUCAAGCCGAACUCCAACGCAAGAAGGAGGCCGCAGAGCGCCGUGAGAAGGCUCAUCAAGCCGCGUUGGCUGCCAGAUCCAAGGACAACCUCCGAUCGCCCAUUUGCUGUAUUCUGGGUCACGUCGAUACCGGAAAGACGAAGCUUCUCGACAAGAUUCGUCAGACCAAUGUGCAGGAGGGCGAAGCUGGUGGUAUUACUCAACAAAUUGGUGCCACCUACUUCCCUGUCGAGGCCAUCAAGGCGAAGACCGCCGUCGUCAAUCCUGAUGGCGCCUUCGACUUCAAGGUUCCCGGUCUGUUGGUCAUUGAUACCCCUGGUCACGAGUCCUUCUCCAACCUGCGCUCUCGUGGUUCGUCCCUUUGCAACAUCGCCAUUCUUGUCGUCGAUAUCAUGCACGGUCUCGAGCCCCAGACUCUGGAGUCCAUGAGGAUGCUGCGUGACAGGAAGACUCCUUUCGUCGUCGCCCUCAACAAGAUUGAUCGUCUGUACGGCUGGAAGAAGGUCGAUAACAACGGCUUCCAGGAGUCUCUGGCGUUGCAGCCUAAGGGUGUCCAGAACGAGUUCAAGAACCGCCUGGAGCAGACCAAGGUCGCCUUCGCCGAGCAGGGUUUCAACGCGGAGCUCUUCUACGAGAACAAGUCCAUGGCCAAGAACGUGUCGCUUAUCCCUACUUCCGCCCACACCGGAGAGGGUAUUCCCGAUAUGCUGAAGCUCAUUGUGCAGCUCACCCAGGAGCGCAUGGUCGGAGCCUUGAUGUACCUUUCCGAGGUUCAGGCUACUGUUCUCGAGGUCAAGGCCAUUGAAGGUUUCGGUAUGACUGUUGACGUUGUCCUGUCUAACGGCAUCCUGCGCGAGGGUGACAGAAUAGUGUUGUGUGGUGUGGAAGGUGCCAUCACCACUAACAUUCGUGCGUUGUUGACGCCCGCACCGAUGCGUGAGCUGCGUCUCAAGUCUGCCUACGUGCACAACAAGGAGGUCAAGGCCGCUCUCGGUGUAAAGAUCAGUGCCCCUGGUCUCGAGGGUGCCAUUGCCGGUUCUCGCAUGAUGGUCGUCGGCCCCGACGACGACGAGGACGACAUCAUUGACGAGGUCGAGGCCGAUCUGGCGACUCUCUUCAGCCGUGUCGAAAAGACCGGUCGUGGUGUCAGCGUCCAGGCGUCCACUCUCGGUUCCCUUGAGGCCCUGCUGGAUUUCCUCAAGGACUGCAAGAUUCCCGUCGCCAACGUCGGUAUUGGCCCGGUGUACAAGCGCGACGUCAUGCAGGCUGGUAUCAUGUUGGAGAAGGCGUCCGACUACGCCGUCAUGCUCUGCUUCGACGUCAAGGUCGACAAGGAGGCGCAGCAGUACGCUGACGAUGUCGGCGUCAAGGUCUUCACUGCGGACAUUAUUUACCACUUGUUUGAUGCCUUCACCAAGCACAUGGCCGAGCUGCUGGAGAAGAAGAAGGAAGAGUCCAAGAUGUUGGCCGUGUUCCCCUGCGUGCUCAACACGGUUGCCGUCUUCAACAAGACCGGCCCCAUCGUCGUCGGUGUUGACGUCGUUGAAGGUCAGCUGAAGGUCAACACGCCCAUUGCAGCUGUCAAGACCAACGCCGUCACCGGUGUCAAGGAAAUCAUCAACUUGGGCAGAGUUACCGGUAUCGAGCGUGACCACAAGCAAAUCCCCGUUUGCAAAAAGGGACAGCCCUCCGUCGCCGUCAAGAUUGAAAUGGGCGGCCACCAGCCGACAUACGGUCGGCACCUCGAGGAGUCUGACGUGCUGUACAGUCUCAUCUCGCGCGCCAGCAUCAACACCCUCAAGGAGUUCUACCGCAAGGACGUCUCCAACGACGAGUGGCAGCUCAUCAUCAAGCUCAAGCCCCUUUUCGAUAUCCACUGAUUACACAAUAUUUACUCCCAAGCGUCUGUCUCUCUUGUCCGUGUUUAGCUAUAUGGCAAGGGGGGGAGGGAGAGAGAGAGAGGUUGGAGAUGGAAAAGUAUGGAGAGGAAUGAGUGAGAAUGGUAUAGGAAGUGGGUUUUAUCUGGCUGCAUGAAGGGAUGGACAUGACGAGGGUUUUUCUUUUCAAAGACGUGAUGUGGAUUUCUUGUCUAUGAGGCGGUUUACCACCCCUUAAAAGGCAUAUGUUUGUUUUCCAUGGUCAUUCUCCAAAAAAGAUCGCGAGUUGUAGUAGGCAAAAGAAUUCAAG